GAGAAAAGCGUUCGGUGGAGAAGGAAGAGAAACAUCAAAGAAGGAGCGUUGAGACGUUUGUUUCUAUACAGACAGCAGGUCUUUGUGAUUGUUAAGGUGAUUCAUUUUUCGGAAAGCAUCGUGCAGAAAGAAAAGGACAGAGAUUCAGAGAAACACACACUCAGAGCCAUCCAUCGGUGAAGCUGUUUCUGGUUACGUGGAGGAGCAUAAUACAGCAAUGGAGACUUUAUGGAAGAAAUUUAAAAAACACAUCAAGUGUCGGGCUGAUCACACGGAGCGUCAGAAUAAACAGCAGAAGCUUCAUCAGUUUCUCAGAGAUGAAGAAGAAGCUAUAAUCACUGCACUGAGGGAGGAAGAGGAGCAGAAGAAGAGGAUGAUGAAGGAGAAGCUGGAGGAGAAGGAUAGACACAUCUCAGCUCUUUCAGACCCAAUCAAAGACAUGGAGGAGAUGAUGAAAGACAUUGAGACGUUUCCGGUCUCGAUGGAAAGAGACGGUGAAGAGGAUGAAUCUGGAGGGGCCAGGCCUUCCCAGUCCCUAGUGAUAAUGAGCCUGACCCUGCCCUUGAGAGAUGAGAAGAAGAAGCAGGACUUCGUCCAGUACCUUCUGGAGUAUUUACACACACAGGUUACCAUGCCACAAAACAACUGAAGUGUGUCAUAGGAGUGAAGAUGAAGCCGGCCUGCCUCUGGUCUGAAAUGAAAAUGAUCUUCGUUGCUUGCUGCUUCUAGUUUCUUUUAAGUCCAGGACAGAUUAAACUGUGUAAAAAUGCAAGGAGCUUCAACGAAAUGUUUUAAAAUGUGAAACAAAAAUAGAUUAGCAAAUCAAACUCCACAGACGGUAAGAAUAAUUUAAAGCAAUCACGCAAACUGUGACCCAGGGAUCAGAUGAUGCUGAAAAUACUUUUUACAGUAUUACAGAAAAAGUACGUUUAUAUCUCAUUUAUUAAUCUUUAAAAAUGCGAAAUUAUUGACAAAUGUAGUCUCGAUAGACAAAUCGAAUCUGUUGACUUUGCCGUCUGUUGCUCCCUUGUUUUCAGGCUCCUUUGUUGAUAUUAGG